GGAGCUUAUGUACUUCAGACUAAAUUCUAACACUCAAGAGAAAAUCCAACUCUUAGAAAGAAGACAAGAAAGAAAACAAGUAACUUUGGUCAUAUAUUUGGACAGAGGCUGCCCAGUUUGAGGAAGCCAAGUGCACAGCAUCAAGAUCUUCUCAGAUCAAAGACAAUCCAAAAGCCAGACUCACUUGAAGUCUACGAUGGACGGAACAUCACAGAUUGGAGACCAUUACCAUGUUAUCAAGAAGCUGGGCCAAGGUACCUUUAGUCAUGUCCUGAUGGCAAGAGAAUUAAUUUCAGGUCACUUGGUUGCCCUGAAGUUUGUGAGGAAAGACAGAACUCGUCAGACAACCUUCAUCCAUGAGUUAAACAUUUUAAUCGCCCUCUCAGAGUACCCAGGAAUAAUAAAGACCUAUCCCACCUACAUUGAGACAAUGGAUUACUUCAUUUUCACACAAGAGCUGGCACCGGCUGGGACACUUCAGUCCAUCAUUAAGGCAGAGGUUGGCAUUCCAGAGGAGGUGGUGAAGCGUUGUGCAGUGCAAAUCACGGCAGCGUUGGACUACAUGCAUGGCCGAGGACUGGUGCACAGAGACCUGAAGCCUGAUAAUGUUCUACUGAUGGAUAAAGAAUGUUACCACAUCAAGCUUUGCGACUUUGGUUUCACUCAGUUGGUGGGCUCACUAAUCCCUUCAAUGUCGCACAUUAUUCCAUAUAUGCCACCAGAACUUUGCAGCCUCAAGCCUAAACAACUACUGGUCUUGGAUCAAAGUAUGGACAUCUGGUCUCUUGGAAUUCUUCUGUUUGUGGCACUGACUGGAUAUUUCCCAUGGGAAGAGGCUGUUGGGCAUAACCACAAGUACCAAAUGUUUCUCCAUUGGCAGGAUAACAGAAAUUAUGUUCCGGCACCUCUAUUGUGGAAGGGCUUCACACAGAAGGCGCUGGUUAUGUUUCUCAAGCUGCUCUCGCAUAACCCCUCUUCUAGGAGCCCUCCUGAUACUGUCCUGAAGUUUCUUCAUUUACCCUGGACUGCUAAAGUCAGCAGUGAUAGUCUGGUUGUAGAGGGUGAUCUAAACAUUAUAAUCCUUGAUGACAAUGAUGAGCUGCAAGUCAUUGAGUACAUAAUACAAGAACAGGAACAAGUGUCUGCAGUUUGUUAUUGAUAAUGCAUGUACUGCAAUCAGAUUUGAGUUCAUCGGAUGGGCUGGACCUACCGGGAAUGAGUAUUAGGGAGCAGAGACGUUUGAAUGAAGUGAACUACUUCCAUAAGAACUUGUAAAAUCAAGCAGUAGAGUUUUGAGUUUGAGUGGGGAACAGAGUUUGUGUGUCUAAUUGACUGCAAAAAGAAAUGGUUGGGAACUGCUAUAAUUGAAAUCGUUCUAUAUGAAAAUAUGUGCACCAGGUGUGAUGCCUGGUCUUUUUUCCAGUAAAGGCAACUGCAGUUAGAGUCAUAAUAAGCACUACAUGCAAUAUGUUCUAUCUUAUUGGAGUUUUUAUUGAUUUUAUUCAUUGAUUUGGGGUGCUCAUGUAAAAAGACAUUUGCACUAAAAGUUAAUACUGAGUGCAGCGUUCAGUAAAUAUGAUACUGGGGAAUAUAUUAUAUUUUGUGUGUAUUUGUGUAUAAGAGAUCUAAAGCCUAAUAAUGAAUGUGACUAAAAAUACCAUAUUUUAUAUAGUGAACUUAUUGCACGAGGCUAAAGUUUGAGCUUGUCAAUAGCAGCAAUGAUCCAGGACUUCAAACUUGUCACAGGGGGUCACCAUCUUGGAAAGUGUCUG